AUGCCGGCUGAGCGGGAGCCCCCUACGAUGGUUUCGACGACGUCGCUGAAGGAGCUCAUCAAGGCCAUCAAUGCCUUCCUCGCGGACCCAACUGUCCCUCUUCCGGAGACCCUCGUCGGCAUCCUCACCUCCUUCACCCAGCAGCAAGAGAAAUAUGACGAUUCUGCAGCCGACCAACUCCAAGAUAGCCUGCUGUCCACGUUUGAUAAGCGGGUCAAAGGCAAUGCCAGGGCCGUAGGACCAUGGAUCGCCAUUCUUCGACAAUUGCUGCCUGUCCUGCAGACUCCGGAAAGAAUACUGCCGUGGUUUGAUGCAUGCAGGGGCAUCUUGGACAGGUCUGAUCUCGACAAGUGUGUUGUCGACGAGACUGUCGCAUCUUUCAUGGAUCUGAUAACUGUCAUCGACGAGUUUCAAGUCUCAUUCGCAGCCAACUCGGCUGCCAGUCGCAUCAUAGACCGCCUGUUUCAAGUAUGGAUGCGUCGCUUCUACCCAGCUCUUCUCGAGGGCGACACCUCGUCCGAGUAUAAUGAGAGGCUGAUCCGCCACGCCUUGUGUAAUUUCGGGAAGAAGCGCCCCAAGGAAUUCUUCACUGCCAUGGAUGGGUAUUUCGUCCAGAGCAAGCACCGCAAGGCGGCACUGAGGCUCCUUUGCGACUUCAUCCAAAUUCAACCACCACAUCUACACCAGGUUCUGCAUACGUCUCUGUUUGGCAAUCUCAUGACUUGCCUACAGCAUGACAAAUCAACAACCAUUGUUUCCGCUGCGUUGACGACUCUCAUCAUGCUUCUGCCACAUAUGCCGAGCUCUUUGGUACCGCAUUUGCCUGCGCUGUUCAAUAUUUAUGGCCGUCUUCUUUUCUGGGACAGAGAACACUCGAGGACGGCUGAAUGGCCCGACAGUGACGGCACCAGCCCUGAACCGUCCCUUGGAUGGGAGGUGGCUGCCUUUGACACCGAUGUCGACGACGCAUCCAUCGCUCACCUUCCCAAUUACUAUACUAUCUUGUACGGCCUUUAUCCCAUCAACUUUAUGGACUAUAUUCGCAAACCGCAGAGAUAUAUGCGCCAUGCAAAUGCCGCCAAUGCAGAUGAAGUGGAGGUCCAGCCAACUGAGAUGCGCCAUCGGUCCGAAACCUUCCGACGAAACCAUCUAUUGCAUCCCAAUUUUUAUUCCCUCACAAUUGACUCUGAAAAGGCCGACUUUGGCCGCUGGAUAAAGAGUGAGGCUGCCGAGGUCGUCGCUGAGUGUAUGGGCCUGUGUCUAGAGACGGACUUGUACAGCUUUGCCGAUGUGAGCUCUGCGGACAUGCCUAGCUCUGGCCCCGCAGGUGCCAACGCUCUUGAUAAUGCCGUGUUGGAAAAAUCCAAGGCCGAUGCCGCCUUGUUGAGCGGCCCGGGUGGGAAGCGUGACAGCUGGCGCAACUCACGUCUGACGACAUCAGACUCCCUCUCAAGCAACCAGACACCAAUAACUGCUAUGCGCCGUAGCUCACAAUCAAGCAUGCCAUCACAUCGUGAUUCUACCGGCGACAGCCGAUCUAGAACCUGUGGUACAGACAGCCCGACUUUGACACUAUCUCCAUCCCACCCUCAGUUGCAAGACCUAAUUCAGUCCAACAAGGCAAUCAAGUCAGGAUUGCACCAGUCCUUGGCCAACGACAGCGUCGCGUCACUUGCUCUAAGCCAUCAAGACUCGGUAGCAGAAAAAGCUGCUCCAGGUGCUUCAGCACCAGCAGCGCCGCUUCCGCCUACAUCGCAUUCACCCUUUUCAGCUUCGGAAAUGUCUACUCAGGUUACACACCUCCAAAAGCAAAUUCUACUUCUGCAGAAUGACUUGAGUUUCGAACGGUACUUGAAGCAACAGCAUAUGGCACACAUUGGUGACCUUCGUCGCAAGCAAAUGGCUGAAGCGGCAACCGAAGCCGAGACGCAAAAUCUGAUCCUGAUGAACCGAAAUCUGAAGAGCCGCUUCGAGGAAGCUAAAAAAUCUGAGAUGCAGGUCAAGAAGGAGUCGGAGAAGAGUCGGGCGAUGGCGAAGAAAUGGGAGGCCGACCUGGCCAACAGAUUAAAAGACUCACGACACAAGUCCAACAAGAAACAGGCUGAAAUGGAAGCACUACAGCGGGAAUUAGAGGAGUCCAAACAAGAAGCCGACAAACUUCAAAAGUUGCUAUGCGCCGCAGAAGUGAAGGAACUAAAUUGGAAACAAAAUGUGCAGUCUAUCGAGUUACAUGGCGCCGAGAUCGACCGCCUCAAGGCGGAAGUGGAGCGGCUGACAAGGUCCGAGAGAGACCAUCAAGCCAGGGAGUUGGAACGGCAACAGAUGAUAAACUCUGCCACAAAGUCGGAAAGCCGGGCUGAGGCUCUGAGGAUGAGGCUGGAAGCGCAGGAAUACGAGGUACAGCGCGUGAAGAAAUUGUUCCAAACGCAGGUUGCGGCCCUGCAAUCACAACUUUCCGAGGCGCGGGAGGAGCGCGAACGACCUGGGUCAAACUCGAAUAUCGCUGUAGAGAGUGCUCUUGCGGCCAGUCGGGCCAAGCAAGCAGAACUGCAGAAGCAGCAUUCUCUGCUUAUGCGCAAGUAUACAGCACUGCAGUCAUCAUUGCUGGAUAUGCAGGCGGAGCAACCACCAGAGCAACCACGGCCGACGGCGUUAAAGCACCAACCAACAGACGCAGACUACGUGUCAUUGUCUACCAGUCCUGUCGUUGUCAAGGCUCGACCACAGCGAUCAUUGUCCAACGCAGAAGCAACAGGUCACAACAUGAGAUCGUCAGAGGGGUUACAACCCGGCGGGACGACGAGUGGUGCCACGCCUGCAAAAGCAGGCAGUGGCUCUCAGCCCGAAGAGUCGGCAACGCCCAUUUCGCCUGACCAACGAAGUUUUGGUAAGUCCCCGACACAGGGCACGGGAGAAUAG